UCGCUCAUACCCACCGUUCUGCCGUACACCGUGUUCAUUGCCGUCUUCCGUUCCGUUUCGUGAUCUCUUUUUCGCUUGAGACCCACUCUUGUAGCAGUUCUUGUUGUUGUCGUGCUUGACGUGAACCACAGCCAAUCUUAUGUUCAAGUGAAGUUCAAUCGAGUGAGAAUUGGUGUUUGACUUGGUGUCCAUUGUUGUUAUAUAUAUAUAUUUAAGAAUUCAUUCACUGAACCCCGUGGAGUGGGAGCAAUCGAGGCUACCACGAUUCCCGUUUGUUUUCGGAUCGGAAUGGGGUCCCUAGUUCAUUCCGCGUGAUUGCUGUGCUAUUAUUAGCUACUAUUGUCAAGUACCUACCCAAGAGCCCGAAGUACUACGUCAGUUGGGAUCGCAAAUUGCCCAAAAUUGAGCUCACGGAAAGAGUGGGCCAGUGAAAAAAGAAUCGACCAUUCUGCUUCCUUCUUGUGUGUGGUUGUUUCUAAAUAGUGGACGUGCGACGUAUGUGCGCGUGACUCCAAGGCUGGGUAUUUAUUUGUCAUUGGAAGCCACACGACGGAUUAGGCCUUGGGCCAAAAGAAGCCUUUUGGCGACUGGCCUUUUGGGACGGAAUUCCAAGCGAGGUGUAGAUUAUUUCCUUCGUCGGGGCUCGAUUCGUUCAAGGACGCGAGGUCCAGUGUGCGUAGUCAAGGCAACCGCGAGUCCUAUCGAUUUUUCAAAUCAGACCAAAGUAAUCUAGAAUCAUUUAGAGGGAACAACAGGACCACCACGAAAGAGAGAACGAGGAGAGGUGGAUACUGAUCCAUGACCUUUCAACGAGGCUCUGCAGUCCUGCAAAAUGUCCUCCAUGUCAGCGUUGGACCAGCAGGCUUCCAGUGAUUCCAAUUUCGCCACUAGAGGUCGGAAAGGUUCCGAGCAAUACAGCUUGGACGACAUUAUUUUCGAAAUGGAAUCCAGGCCGAAUAAAAUGAAUGGGGGCAGCGAAUCGGGGGUGUUCUCGGCCGAGGAGAGCCACAACACCGCGGACAUAUACGCCCAACUGGAACAGAAAGAACGGGAUCUUGUGCUCGCCGCCGAGUUGGGAAAGGCUCUUUUGGACAAGAAUGAGGAAUUGAGCAAGCAGAACGAGAGAAUUGCUGAAGACUUUUCCAUCAAAUUAGAGGAACUCGAGCAAGAGAAGUAUCAUCUUCGUCGACGCUUGGAGGCCGCACAAGAGGAAUACGAACUCAAGGUCAAUGAGCUCCAACAAGACAUCCAAGCCCUCCAAGCCCAAUUGGAUGGCAAUACCUCCACCCAAAGGCAGUCCGAAAAGGAGAAAAGUCUUCUCAUCACCACAUUGUCAGAACAAAACCAACGGCUCACAGCUCAACUCAAAGAAUACACCAAAAAUGAAGAAACUCUCAAUUCGGAGCUUCAACACCUCCGAGAUCAAGUCAAUCUCAAGAGAACCUCCAUGAAUGAACACGUGUCUCAUCUGGAUAUGCUUAGAGAUGAGAUUACACUCAUGACGGAGCGAAAAAUGGAUUUGGAGCGACGGAUCGAGCUCCUCCAAGGCGAACGUGAAGGUCUGUCGUCGACAUUGGAUGAAUCUGCGGAUCGGAUCAUCAUGCUCGAAAAGGAGGCCAGAGAGAAAGAUAGCAUACUCCGUUUGAACGAGAAGACGCUUGAGGAGCUUCGAGCAAGCAAUCAGUCCCUGCAAGAGCGAUUGGACAACAUGUGUCGGAAUUUGUCCUUGGGACCCCCGGGGACGGGUGGAAACAUGUCCUUACUCAAUGAAAUGGAGCUCUCUGACUCGGAGCGAAGUUUGAACGCCUCUCGCAGACCGUUUAGUCAGAUUGAUGAGGAAAUUGACGAUAUCGAAUGCGAUAACCCGGAAGCACUUGGCAGUCCAAUCGAGAACAAAGAGCUCAAAACCGAGAUGCUAUCAGCUUUUCAACAACUAAGAGCCCUCUGUGGUCAGCUUCGUCGACGCGAGAAACAACGCCGCAACUCGUCGGACUCGCUCGAUAAUGAGACGGUGAGCUCUAGUAGCUCAGAUGAACCCGCCACGGCCCAAUCUAUGAAAUCGGGCAUCCUGAACGGGGCCGUCCAAGAGAUCCGAGGCCUGAUUCAUGAUCUCCUGCGAAAAGAGUCCAAAGGCGCUUGUCUGGCCUGUGGAGGGGACAAGGACGAGAAACUGAGGCUCGAGAUCCAAUUACACAAAACCACCGAGGCCAAGGAGAAAUUGGAGCGCACCCUCAAGCAGAACGUGGAUGAUGCCAAGAGAAAGGAUGACGAGAUAACCCAACUCAAGAGCAAGUUGUCAUUGACCGAGCUCUCGCUAUCUGCUGCUGAAGAGGAACGGGACACCCUUCGUGUGGAUGUGUCCAACACCAAAGCAGGCAAGGAUGAACUCAUCAAGAAGGCCUGGGAUGUCCGGGAUGCGGCUGUCAAGCGGAAGAACAACACUCAAAUCGAGUUGGCUCGCUCCCGAAUCGACGUCAUGCAGAUCAACUCGCAACUUUUGGAAGCCAUCCAACAGAAAGUGGAACUCUCUCAGCAACUCGAUCAAUGGCAAGCUGACAUGGAGGAGCUGCUCGAGGAGCAGAUGAUGAGAAAGAUGCGGGCUCAAGAGCGUCCACGAUCCGGCAAUGACUCAGACUCGAGUCAAGCCGCUGCUGAGCGGAAAAAGUCCAAGAUUUUGGGAUUCUUCCAAAGGUCAUAAUUGAAACCAUUCUCGACAUGCAGUUUAGUUGAAACCCUCCCACGAACCGGAUGUGUCUAGUCGACCUCUUCACACAAGUACGGGCUCCUUCCAAAAGCCCACACGAACUCCCAAGCAUUCCAGUGAUAGCCGUCCCCAAUGACUAGCAAAGCAUGUGAUGAGGACCUCACUCCUUUCAAUGCUGAAGGGGAUGAGGUUGCGUUUAACAUUAGGAUAAUACUCAAUCGGACGUGGUGUUUGAAGUCUUUCCACGCCAACAUAGGCCUACAUUAGCCCACCUUGUACCGUCCAAUUAUUUUCUGUUUAGCUUUGCAUUUUGGUUUGCAUUGCUUCAAAGAAUGGCCUUGAUCCACCCUCCAACUCACUUGUGUACAAGCAGAAACACGCACGCGUCCACACCAGAUAACCUAUUUCCAUAGGCUGUGAUGAAUACUUAUGUUAUGAAUCGACGAAAUGGAUUACUAUGAUUGAUGAUGAUGACUUUGUUACAACGAAACAGUUUCGGCUUCUGGAGAGGCCACUGUAUUGUGAUACUACGUUCUACCAUGAAACCCAUCACCAAUUGCUGAUUUUUUUUCCUGUCCUGCAUUUACAUGACUUGUGCGGGUCCCUGAAAUUUCGAUGGAAUUACACACGCACAGAUAAUUUGUGGAAUGCCGCCAAUUUGCAGUCCUCGAUUUGGUGAUCCAUUAUUGCUAUUGUCUGGGAAUGCUGGCAGAUCCAAUACGACCACACUUGCUACGAAUAUCCUUCAUUUAGAUUUGCAAUUGUUCCAAGCGAACGGUGUUCACAACUAUAUCCACUCUGAAAUAUAGUACUUAAGUUAGACGA